AGUCCAGGCCAAGAGUCCGACGAUGGCAGACAUCCAGAAGCCCCCGCCGACGCCGGAGACGUACGCCUACCCGACGGUGUACGCGACGCCCGUGGAGACGGUGGUGUACGUGGAACCUGCUGGCGGAAGUCCAGGUCACACUCGUCAGGCUGGCGUCAAUGAGCAGGGCGUGAUGGUCGGCGCGUGGUCGGCGGACUUCUGGGGCUGCUGCGACUUCAUGAUCCCGAACUGCUUCAUGGUGACGUUCUGCCCGUGCGUCUCGCUGGCUCAGAUCUCUGAGCGGCUGGGCGUGGCCCCGUACCGACGCACGCUGGUGAUCUUCCUGCUGCUGGUAGCCGCCGAGAUCAUCGUGGGUCUGAUCCCGUCCAAGUCGAGCAGCAGCAGCUCAUCGAGCGGGUGGAGCAGCUCAACGUCAACGUCGACGUCGAGGAGAUACUCGGGCGACAGCAGCCAAAGCAACCCAAUCCAGAGCUGGGUCAUCAUCAUUGUCCGUGUCAUCUUCUUCGUGUACGUUUGGCACCUCCGCCAAACUACUCGCAAGAUGUUUCGCAUCCCUGGAGGCGCCUGCGGGGACUGCUGUUCGUCGUGCUGCUGCUCCUGCUGCGCCAUGGCUCAGAUCGCCACGCACAUCAAGAGCUACAAGCCGGGCGACUGCAGUUUUGGUCCGCCCGACGUGCUGCCUCCGUACUCGGGGGCUCAGGGCGCCACCUCGUAAGCAACGGCAGAUAGAAAACCUAUUUGAUGCGAAUCUACAUCUUUU